AUGCGCGCGUCACUCCUCCUAUGCUCCUGCCUUGCCGUGUUGGCGGCCCUGGUCGCUGCGGACGGCGCCGAUUACUCCGUGGACUACAGCAGCCGCAGCCUGCUCGGGGCCAGCGGCUGCGCCCAAGACGCGGCAGCGAAAGCCGUCACCACCCUGCAGAAGACCGUCGACAAAUUUGGCACCGACCUGAACAGGGUCGGCGCGGUCGUGGACGAGGCGCGCGCCGCCUACACAGACCCCUCCGGCUACAUCCGCAACGCCAUCAUCAGAAGCAACCCGGCUGUGAUGAUAACGCAGGCGCUGGCAAGGGAGCUGGAUGUGAAGAACAUCUGCGACACCGACGAGAGGAAGGCCGCGUUCAGCGCCGGCGGCUGGAGGGGCUACUACGGCAAGCGCCUGUGGGACUCCCGCAGCGUCGCGCUGCUGGUGGGCUCGGUGAUCCCGGCCACGUCCGCGGCGGCCGUCAGCGAGAUUCUAUCUGAGAUGAAGAGCCAGUACUCCACGGCGAUGAGCCUGCUGGACAAGGCCGUAGAGGAUGCGAAUGUGCACGGGCAUCCACUGAAGCGCAAAUAA